CUACUUGGUUUGUUUAUGUUUGGGAAGAAUUUUAUUCAAAUAAAAAGAUUCUUAGAGAACAAAUUGAUGGGGGAGAUACUCUCAUUUUACUAUGGAGAGUUUUACAAAACUGAAGGAUAUCGUAGAUGGUCGAAGUGCAGGAGGAAAAAAGGGGGGAAAUGUAUGACAGGACAGAAACUUUUUGCUGGACCGAGGCAACAAGAACUUUUGUCUCGCUUGAUUACUCAUGUCUCUGAAGAAUCGCAAGAUACUUUGUUACAGGUGUCUAAGUCAUUUGUGGAGGACAGAACUUCUCUUGAAGAAUACAUAUCUUCUUUGAAGUCUAUUGUUGGACUUGGUGUCCUUGUGGAAGCAGUAGGUAUUGGUAAGGAGAAGAAAGACCUUACUAGGUUUUGUCUUCUCUUGGACCGAUUUUCAAGGAGAAAACUUGUGAAAGGUGAUCAUUACUUUGAUUAUGUUAGUGAUGUCUUGAGCAAAGUAGUAGCUGAACCUAAUAUUCUCGUGCUCGAAGAAGAAGCUAAAGUUGGUAGCUACAAUGAGGAAGAACCAGAAAAGGGAUCAAAUGAAGAUGAUUUAUCUGACGAUCAUCGUCAAUGUUACCUCAAGCCCAAAUCUGCUAACCUACAAUAA